AUGCCCCCAGCCAUCCGCAGAGGUGGGCUUUGUGCUUUUUGUACCUUCAGAGCAUCUCCUCAGCAUUCUUUCAACAGCCCAAAUCGCUUCAGCCAUCGAAAUGGGGCACGAAACCUCAGCGAGUCCGGGCUGCAAGUCCGCAAGCCCGACUCCGCAUUUCCCACGAUACGACGAAUGCCUGGAGAAAUGAGAACCAGAAUCCAAAGUGAUGUAGCCUACGGCUCUGAUCCAGGGCUCAAGAGCAAUUGGAACAAGCCUAGGACUGGCUAUGCUGAGAAACGUCGGGGUAGUGAGCCUUGGACAGUCAACCAACAAAGAACCGCCACCAUAGCAUCAAGAAAACUGAGGGCGGGAAGAUUGGUCAAGCCCUCUGAAACCACAUAUGGAGUAUUUGGACGACUUCUACUCGAGCAAGUCCAUGGCUUGGAGUUCACCCUGCGAUACAAAGAUAAAGUGUCUGUCGGGGCUUGGGGCAUAAGGACCGACGAGGAGCUGGAUGAGAAACUUGACUUUUUCAGAGAGAGACUCAUUGCUUGUACAGAGCUUGCCGAGAAAGGGAAGGUUCACAAGCAGGACAACCCCCUCUUUCACCGAAUGCGUAAUGCAUUCAUAACGGAUGGUAUGGCUGGGCUGACUUCAGAGAUGAAAUACUCAUUCAUCAACGAGGUUGUUACUUUUAAUUUCACCAAGCAUCACGAGAUUAACCAAGAGAAGCUCGCGGAUCUGAGAUACCCUCUCGAGUGGUAUCCUGCAACGAGAGCUCUGCAACGGACUAUACAUCUGCACAUUGGACCAACCAAUUCUGGGAAAACAUAUCAUGCUUUGAAGCGGUUGGAAGCUGCAGAAUCUGGGAUAUUUGCUGGGCCACUGCGACUGCUCGCACACGAGGUGUACACCAGGCUAAACGCUAAAGGGAAGAAGUGCGCCCUUGUUACUGGCGAGGAACGUCGCAUACCCGAGGGUUAUGACAACACCAUGAGCAGUUGUACUGUGGAAAUGGUUCCACUCAACUGCAAGGUUGAUGUAGCAGUCAUCGAUGAGAUUCAGAUGAUGGGAGACACAGAGCGUGGCUGGGCCUGGACUCAGGCAUUUCUAGGAGUUCAAGCCAAGGAGGUUCACCUCUGUGGCGAGGUACGCACGAAAAAGAUUGUCACCGAACUGUGUGCCGCUAUGGGAGAUAAGCUGGUGAUUCAUGAAUACGAGCGACUGAGUCCGUUAAAGACACAAAUCAAUAGUCUUGGAAAAUUGGAAAAUCUGGAGAAGGGCGACGCCAUCAUCCUGUUUUCUCGUGUCGCAAUUCAUGCCAUGAGAUCAGACAUCGAGAGGAUUACUGGAAAGCGAUGUGCCGUCGUUUAUGGCUCGCUACCGCCUGAGACACGCGCCCAGCAAGCAGCUCUUUUCAACGACCCUGACAACGAUUAUGACUAUCUUGUUGCAAGUGAUGCGGUUGGAAUGGGAUUGAACCUCAGCAUCAAGCGUGUCAUCUUUGAGUCGACUUCUAAGCAUGACGGUGUCUCCUUUCGGACAAUCAAGCCUUACGAAAUCAAGCAAAUUGCUGGACGAGCGGGCCGAUUCAAAACUGCCCAACAGGCAAUUGGGAAGGGGACUUCGAACGACACGGAACCGGUGGAUCUCGAUACCGUCAAAACCCCAACCACAAAUAUGGGCUACGUAACGGCAUUGACCAAAUAUGAUCUUAGUAUUGUACGUGAGGCGAUGGAAACCGAAGUAGAGCCUUUGUCUUCAGUAGGAAUCUUCCCACCAGCCGACAUUCUUUUUCGCUUUGCUAGUUACUUCCCGCCAAAUACACCGUUCGGCUACAUUGUCCUUCGUCUGCAUAAUAUAGCCUCACUUCACCCUCAAUUCCACCUUUGUCGGCUCACGGAACAAAUCCAGAUAGCUGACCUCGUCCAAGAGUUUGACCUGUCGGUUAUGGAUCGUAUCACUCUCAUGAGCUCACCGGCCAGUGUGAGAGACAAUGGUAUGGUGGAUGUGGUCAAAUCAUUGGCACAAUGCAUUGCAGAGAAAAGAAAGGGGGCUCUCCUUGAAUUGCAGUGCUUUGACCUAGAGCUCAUUGACAAGGAUAUCCACGACGAUGUAGACGGCACCAAGGGCUACUUGCGAAAAGCAGAAGCCUUGCAUAGAGCCAUCACGCUCUAUCUUUGGCUGAGUUAUCGUUUCGCUGGUAUCUUCACUAACCAAGCAUUGGCAUUUCACGUCAAAAGUUUGAUUGAGGAAAAGAUCGAUCAGUGCCUAGGAGAAGUAUCCUGGACCGAAGCACAGAGGAAGACACGCAACUUCUUGAGAAUGAAAGCCAUUAAAGCUGCCGCUAAAGAGGAUGCACUUUUGAGAGCGGCUGCUCAAGAUCUCGAAGAAGACGAGUCUUCACUUCCAUCAGGGUCUGGCUCAGCUGUUGUUUCAUCUCGUGGAGAGCAAGAAACAGAAAUGGCAAUAGGCCGAGAGGAUCUUGAAAAGUCAUAUGACAUAACUGAGAUCGGCUUGGAUGGGGCAGGAUCGAACCCGGGCAGAGAAGACGAUAAUCAGACGAAUGCAGCACACACUGAGGUACUGAACGAGGAAAGGCAUGAUUUCGAGGACUCGCCAGCUUCAGACGGUAUGAUACCAACCACACCCGAAGAAUUGGAGGAGGAGCUGGAAGAGCUUGGAGAAAGGCUUCAAAUUACCAAGGAGUCAUCAUAGUCUGAUGCGUCUGUUUCGACGCCGACAAAGGAAGACCUGGAUUGAUCGGUCAAGAGGACACUCUUAAAUAAGAGAUGUUAUAAUGCCCACCCCUCUCCCAAUGACAAGAACUUCGGGGGGCCAAGCUACCGAUUCUUGAGGGUGAUUGUAUUACAAUUGUACAUUACAUAUACAUAGAUGCUCGGAGGUCAUCCGGGCUGUAUGACUGCGUUUUCUUAUGAUCGGCCAUUUUUCCUGACUUUUAAAGACGCACCCUAAGUAUACGAAGUGCAGCAAGUAUUUAUGGGCUGAUUAAACAGCUCUUAGUCUAUAUAUGUAUUCAUAUCGAUUUCACAAGCAAUCUCUCAUUGAUAACCUCUCACGUUGUUCUUAGAAGUUUUUGCGAGCCUCGACUCUUCUAUUGAGAAUCUACUUUCCACCUUCUCAAUGCUCAUCACCUGGCAUGCCAGCUUGUUCAUGUUGUUCUGCUUGUUACAUAUCCAAGGCUGGCGUAUCAAGGGAUCAGGGAGCGGACAUUGGCACCAGUCCUCGCAUCUCAUUGUCUUUCUUCUCAAUUCCAUGUUUAUAAUCAAAAUGGAUAUCCGGGUUCCUAUCUAUACGCUUGAGUAUUGAUAUCCUUUUCUUUCUAAUAGAAAUAGGACUACGAACAAUUGGAGACCGUGGUAAACAAAUAAUUUGAUCAUAUGAUGGGUGAGUUUCGGCUGAUUUAUAGUAAAGUCAACACAGGUCCUCUUUUUUCAUCGCUACCCGUUGUACCAUAUCCAUGGGCUUAUGAAGGAUAGUCCCGUCAGGUCCUGUUCACAUUCACUGAUACGCUUGGUCAGCUUCCGACGACACGAUUCUGCUGUGGCAUGCUGUGUAAGGAAGCCCUCCCGGGACGUAUAUAUCCCAGAUGAGCCGACACAUCCCAAAACACGGAAAGUUGAAUGAUUAACGCCGCUACAACAGCGCGGUUUUGGACAGACGUUAGCUUGAGACUGGUCUCUAAGCUACUAAGUCGAUCAUAAAGAGACAUUCAUGGAGUUUUAGCAACACUAAGGAAGGUCUUGGUCUUGUACUCGUAUUCGCCAACGGAGACAUGGCGAGCAUGGCUUGGUCAAGAGUAGCCGGACCAGGCGAACCAGGGCAUGAUGAUAAUGGACUCGGCAACCCAAUUGGAGUCUGCUUAUAUGCAAUUCUCCUCCUUUGAAGCGACAAGAGGCGUGGGAGAGGUAGUAUCGAGUGGGGCAAGGCACUGGUGGUAUUAUAUAGUGGGGGUUGUAACAGGCAUCACAUGAUCCAUCCAUGCCAGCCACAAUGUGCAGAGUCUAAGGUACCUACCUACCUACCAAGUAGUAGGUAGUGGUACAAAGGCCCCCCAUUGCAGACCCUUUCUGCAGAUGAGCAGUCGUAACUGGUCAGGUCGUUUUCAUGCCCGAUCCUCCGAAGUGGUUCUGGUUCUGUCUGCAUUGAGAGUCUCCAGAGCCUGGACUCUCACUUUCCCCUCGAGGUCCUGGUGGUCCCCAGAUCCAACCAGCAGCCUGUAAUAAAAGUAUACUAGCCGGCCCACCUCUUAUUUUGCUCGGGGCUCGCG